CCUCAACUCCCUCUACAUUCCACCCCCCUCUUCUUUUUCAUCAACCAUUUGUGUAGCAAAAAUGACUCCAUUUGGGCUUCUUUUAGCUGUGGCUAUUCUCUCAAUGGCCUCUUUGGUUCAAGCCAACAAUGGUGGUUGGGUUGAUGCUCAUGCUACCUUCUAUGGAGGUGGUGAUGCUUCUGGCACUAUGGGUGGGGCUUGUGGGUAUGGGAACUUAUACAGUCAAGGGUAUGGUACAAACACAGCAGCACUAAGUACAGCACUAUUCAACAAUGGAAUGAGCUGUGGAGCUUGCUUUGAAAUCAAGUGUGCAGGUGAACCAAAAUGGUGUCACCCUGGUUCUAUAGUAGUCACUGCAACCAACUUCUGCCCACCAAACAAUGCAUUACCCAACAAUGAUGGAGGCUGGUGCAACCCUCCCCAACACCAUUUUGACCUCUCUCAGCCUGUGUUUCAGCAAAUGGCUCAAUACAGAGCUGGAAUUGUUCCUGUUCAUUACAGAAGGGUGCCAUGUAUGAAGAAAGGUGGGAUCAGGUUUACGGUGAAUGGACACUCAUAUUUCAACUUGGUGCUGAUAACAAACGUAGGAGGAGCAGGGGAUGUAACAAGGGUUGCAAUCAAAGGUUCAAAGACCAGAUGGGUACCCAUGUCGAGAAACUGGGGUCAGAACUGGCAGAGCAACGCAAAUCUUGACGGUCAGGCGUUGUCUUUCAAGGUGACCACGAGUGAUGGACGUACUGUCGUCUGCAACAACGCGGUGCCCGCCAGUUGGUCGUUUGGACAGACGUUUACCGGCGGACAGUUCACUUAGGCAUUUUGUCCAACACCUGGUGUGCAUGAAAAGAGCUCGUAUUAGAGAGGCUCUUUUGUGAGCUUAGGUGGUGGUUUAUGUUUUUCUUGUUGUUGUGUGUGUGGUUUAGACUAUGGAUUUGGGUUGCCGUGAAGUGUUUUCCACCGGUUUUGAGAGGGUGGUUUUAUUUUUCACAUGGUAGUUAGUGUUGAAAACAGCUUUUUUUAGCAGGUUUGGGAGUGAGUGAGUCGCACUCGCACCGCUUGUUUUUGUUUGUCUGUGAGUUGUUUCUGUCUUCCAUAAUAAAUGAUGUGAUGUGGGCAGUCUGUUGUUAUA